ACGAUGUUCCCGUUAUAGGAGUGAAUAUAGUCUUUUUAUAUAAAAAGCAACGGCUACAAUACCGUUCAGCAUCUUUCCAACAAACUUAAAUUGAACAGAUAACAUCGCCGAAAACACCGCACUUCGCUGGAAAUCCAACUUCCCAACCCCAAUUCCUUUUAACACCUCCCUUCUCCCACAUUCCCCUUUGAUUCUUUCCCUUCGCCGGUAAGAAUCCACGCUUCUUCCAUUUUCCUAUCGAACACCGAUGUAUUAGGUUUUGCAAUUUCAACGAUGUCGGUUGCUGGUGUUGCUCUCAGACCGAUUUUAAAAGAAUCGGCAAAUUCUCAAUUUCACCGGCAAGAACGAAUUGCUCGUUGUUCUAGCGAAUCUAUUUUGAUCUACCUUACUGUCGACGGAGCCGUUACGCCGUUGCGCGUUCUCGAAUCCGAUUCAAUUGCUUCGGUGAAAAUGAGGAUUCAGACGAGGAAUGGCGUAUCCGAGAAGAAACAGUUGCUGGUUUCGAAUGGUAGAGAGUUGGCGCGGAACAAUAACCUUGUUAAGGAAUACGGUGUUACUGCUGGGAAUGUUGUUCAUAUGGUUCUUCGGUUGUCUGACAUGAUUUUCAUAGUUGUGAGGACGAUGUGUGGUAAGGAGUUUGAAUUGAAGGUUGAUAGGCGUAGGAAUGUAGCGCAUUUGAAGCAUUGUAUUAAGAAGAAAGGGAAAGGUUUUAUUGAUCUUGUGGAGGAUGAACAAGAGUUUUUUUGCUGUGGCCAGAAGCUUGAUGAGAAGAGGAUUUUUGAUGAUAUUUGUAAGAAUGAUGAUGAUGUUAUUCAUCUCAUUGUUAAGAAAUCUGCGAAAGUUAAGGCUACGGUUGCUCGUAAUAAGGAUUUGGAGCUUUCGGUUGUUGCGGAGGAUUUGAAUCUGAAUGAGCAGAAGCAGAAUGAGAUAGUUAAGGUUAUAGAAGAACAGCGCCGUGGCGGUGUUGUUGAUUUUUGGUUAGAGCCGUUUUUUGUUAAUCCUAGGAUCAAUUUUUUGCCUUUCCUGUGGGAUAUGAUAGAUUCAACUUUUAAUGGUUUGAAAAAUGGGAAUAAGCCUGUUAGAUCUUCUGAGGGAACGGGUGGGGCUUACUUUAUGCAAGAUUCGAGAGGUGUGGAAUAUGUUUCUGUUUUCAAACCGAUUGAUGAGGAACCAAUGGCUGUUAAUAAUCCGCGUGGGUUACCGGUUUCGUCGAACGGAGAGGGUUUAAAGAGAGGGACAAAGGUUGGUGAAGGAGCUGUGAGGGAAGUUGCAGCGUAUAUACUGGAUCAUCCGAAGGCUGGCCCGCGUUUGGCGUCGGGCGAAGCAAUUGGUUUUGCUGGUGUUCCGCCUACUGUUUUGGUUCGGUGUUUACAUGAAGCGUUUAAUUACCCUAACGAUGGGGAUUGUGGCUCUUUGAUGAUGGAUCGGAAGGUGGGAUCUUUGCAGAAGUUUAUGAGUAAUGAUGGGAAUUGUGAGGAUAUUGGACCUGGUGCUUUUUCUGUGGCAGAGGUGCAUAAGAUCAGUGUGCUUGAUAUAAGAAUGGCUAAUGCAGAUAGGCAUGCAGGGAAUAUAUUGUUUAGGAAAGAGUCAAGUGGCGAGACUCUGCUCAUUCCCAUUGAUCAUGGCUACUGUCUUCCUGAGAAAUUUGAGGAUUGCACAUUUGAUUGGCUUUACUGGCCUCAAGCGCGUCAGCCAUACUCUCCUGAUACAGUUGAAUAUAUAAACACUCUGGAUGCUGAAAAAGACAUCGAACUUCUGAAAUAUUAUGGUUGGGAUGUUCCAGUUGAGAGUGCAAGAACACUCCGCCUCUCCACAAUGUUAUUGAAGAAAGGGGUUGAGAGAGGUCUCACUCCCUUUGCUAUUGGAAAUAUCAUGUGUAGGGAAAAUUUGAACAAGAAAUCAGUAAUUGAGGAGAUUGUUUUUGAAGCGCAGGAAUCAUUGCUCUCCGGCAUGGAUGAAUCUGCUUUUCUAGAAUUUGCAUCGCAGAUCAUGGAUUCCCGCCUUGGUGAGCUUUCGAAAUAGACUUUUUUCUAUUUCUUUCUGAUUCAUAGGUAUAAUAAUGCAUUUAUGUAUGUAUUAAAUGAAGAUAGUCCAUAUAUAUUUGAAUGGACUUGAGGUUGUAUAAGAAGGUGAUGGCAAGAGAGAUUUUGGAUGUGUGUAUAGGUCGGAUUAGAUUGCCUAUUAAUCACCCAAUCAACCCCAUAAGAUUGUAUUGCCAUUUUGAGCAGAAGUUAUAAAAAAGAGUAUGAAUAAUGUGUAUUAUAUUCUACUGAGAUUUUGUGAUGGUUGGAACAGACAUACGAGUUGGAUAUGUCUGGUGUACAUAAUAAAAUGUUUUGGGUUAUGUUA